UCUGAUAAUAGCAGCCUCCAAAAAGCCACUUUCUUUCUAACAGGCUUCCAAGGUCUGGAAAAUCUCCAUGGCUGGAUCUCUAUUCCUUUCUGCUUCAUCUACUUGACAGUUAUUGUAGGAAACCUUACCAUCCUCCACGUCAUCCGUACGGAUGUCACCCUCCAUGAACCCAUGUACUAUUUCUUGGCCAUGCUGGCCCUGACAGACUUGGGCCUUUGUCUAUCUACACUGCCCACUGUGUUGGGCAUCUUCUGGUUUGAUGCCAGAGAGAUUGGCAUACCCGCCUGCUUCACUCAGCUCUUUGUCAUCCAUACCUUGUCUCUGGUAGAGUCUUCAGUUCUAUUGUCCAUGUCCAUUGACCGCUAUGUGGCCAUAUGCAACCCACUGCGUUACUCCACAGUCUUGACACCCACACGCAUUGUCAAGAUGGGGCUGAGCUCAAUGCUUAGAAGUGCCCUGCUCAUCCUGCCCCUGCCAUUCCUCCUUAAACGCUUCCAGUACUGCCGCUCCCAUGUGCUGGCCCAUGCCUAUUGUCUGCACCUAGAGAUCAUGAAGCUGGCCUGCUCUAGCAUCAUUGUCAAUCACAUAUACGGGCUCUUUGUCGUGGCCUGCACUGUUGGCGUGGAUUCACUGCUCAUCUUCCUCUCCUAUGCCCUCAUCCUCCGCACUGUGCUAAGCAUUGCCUCCCGCCAGGAGCGACUUCGAGCCCUCAACACCUGCGUCUCCCACAUCUGUGCUGUGCUACUCUUCUACAUUCCCAUGAUUGGUUUGUCUCUGGUGCACCUUGGUGAACAUCUGCCCCGUAUUGUACACCUCCUAAUCUAUGUGUAUCUACUGGUACCACCUCUCAUGAACCCCAUUGUCUACAGUAUCAAGACCAGGCAAAUCCGCAUCCGCAUUGCUAAGAAGUUUGAAUUUGUAAGAUCCCUUAGGGGUUUUCAGUAG